CCUGAAGAUUCGGGACCGCGGAGUGGUGGCUGGGAUUGUAAAACCCACCAGGGAUGGGGCGAGAAACUUCUUCCAUCACAGAUACCAAACAAACAAGCAGCACUUAAAACCCAAAAUCAACAACCGCAGCAGCAAUCGCAAACCCAGCAGCAGAUGCCGGGAUAUCCAAAAGUCGUACAGGACCGUGGUCGUACAGGAGAGAACGAUGAGCAGAGUAAAGGCUCGGGGUGGAGCUGUGGGCCCAUUCCUCAGAUUGCUUCAGCUGGUGAGCCGAGCGGGUGGGAUGAGCCCUCGCCUCAGUCCAUCAGUCGGAAGAUGGACAUUGAUGACGGCACCUCUGCAUGGGGGGAUCCGUCACGAUACAGCAGCAAGAACGUCAAUCUGUGGGAUAAGAACAGCUCGCAUCCCCAACAGCAGUCCUCUGGAAGACCGGCUGGAACUCCAUCUAAAAACUCUGGUCCUGCAAUAUGGACACGCAGCAGUGGCCCCUCCGACUCGUCCAUGGAAAGCGGUCCUGCUCCCUGGGUUAAACCAUUCGAUGGGUCAUCUGGCUGGGGGGAAUCCAGUGAACCUGGGAAAGGCGGAUGGGGAAACUCGCAUUCCCAUCCUAAUAAGACUGGUUCUAAGUCUAUGCAAGAGGGCUGGGGCGAUGAAGGCUCGAAUUCUUCCCGACACUCCAGCUGGGAGGAGGAGGAUGGAGGAGUCUGGGGCGGUCGGGGGUCCCAGGGCAACAUGUCCAGCUCAUACAGCUCCGGCAGCUGGGGCCAAAGCCAGGGGUCCAGGAGGCUCAGCUCUAAGAGCCCUCUUAAAGGUAACAGUGGAGACUCGUGGGUUUCUCCUGUAUCUCGGCAGUUCUCAAACAUGGGCGUAACGGAUGACGACUCCAGCAUGGGUCACGAUAACAGACAUGACAGGAGAGGCAUGAGUGAUGGAGAGAUGCGGAGAGGAGGCAGGACUGGAGGAGCUUUCCGCUCGCAGACUGCCAAAGAGACGGGCUGUGGAGAGAGUGGACCCUACCUGGACAAGGUUGGAGGUCAUGGUAUGUUUGGUGGUGGGAUUCCUCCAAUGAGGGGGAUGCAUCAGGCCGGUGUGCACCCAUUAAACCCCUCCCCUGGCAUACGAGCACAAGUGCCUCAUCAGUUCCUGCCUCCUCAGGUUCCAGGGCCGAUGCUGAAGCCAAUGGCGCCCCCUAGCGGAGGCAUGUUUCCUCCUCAGCUGUCCCCUCAGCACAUCGCCAUGCUCGGCGGCAUUAAUCCACACAUGCAGCAGUUCCAGCUGGCCUGUCAGCUCCUCCUGCAACAACAACAACAACAGCAGCAGCAGUUUCUGAAUCAGAGGAAGUUUUCUCCUCCUCUAAGACAACAGCACGACCCGCAGCAGUUGGCGCGGAUCAUGGCGAUCCUCCAGCAGCAGCAGCAGCAGCAGGGUGUUGUGGGACCCAAGCUCUCUCCGUCUCCUUUGGGUGCACACAUCCCCAAACACCCCGACACACACCUGCAUCACCUGGGCCUGAACACACACAAACCCCCCGAAGCAGCAGUGCACGCAGCCAUCGGAGUAUCAGAACUACACAACAAAGCCCCUGCUGCGUACACUGGAGCAGUUAAGCUGCCCGAUGGCUCCUCGUUCUCUCAGUAUGAUGUGUUGGGCAGCGGUUGGCACCGCAGUGCAGCAGGGAAGGUGGACGCGCCUCCUGCAAACCCCAGCUGGCCUCCAGAGUUUCAGCCGGGCGUCCCGUGGAAAGGCCUCCCGAGCCAUGAAUCUGACCCUGACCCCUACAUGACCCCUGCGGGAAUGCUGGGAUCCUCCCUGCUCAGCGACACUGAACAUCACCUGCUGCAGGACAACACGGGGUCAAACUCUGUGAACACCUGUAUGCCUUCACCUGGUGCCUGGCCGUACAGUGCCUCAGAUCCCCCCCUCACUGCACACGGCACAGCUAAAUACACGGAGCUGAAGUCCAGUUGGCCGCCGGAGCCCAUUGGACACAGCAAAUCAUGGCGGACCAAUCGCAACGCUUCUCAGAUGCCCCGCCCCCCUCCGGGCCUGAGCUCUCAGAAGCAGCCGUGGGUGGAGGAGGGGCCUCGCAUGGCCAGGGCAUGGGGAGGCGGAGCCAGCGGCACGGACACGCCCUUUAAAUCAGAGUGGAGUGAUGGAGGAGCGUCAGCCGGGAAAUCAUGGCUGCUGCUCAGAAACCUCACACCACAGAUCGACGGCUCGACCCUGAGGACGAUCUGUCUUCAGCAUGGCCCUCUGUUGACCUUUCACCUCGGCCUGACCCAGGGCAGCGCUCUGAUUCGCUACUGCAGCCCGCAUGAGGCCGCAAAAGCCCAGAGCGCCCUGCACAUGUGCGUUCUGGGAAACACCACCAUCCUGGCCGAGUUCAUGAGCGAGGAGGACGUCAUCCGCUACUUCACACAUUCCCAGGCCGCAGGGGUGGCGGGGUCACCGGAGGUUUCCCCCGGAUCCGACUCCAGAGAGGGCGAGCGGGCGCCAGGCG